CCUUGAUAUAUUUCCAUUGCCAAUCUCCCGACUUCCCGAUUCUUCGCAGGUGUCGUCCGAAACCCCAAGGGCUCGAUAGAAUCCGGGAAGGCCAUGGAUGCGCUGCGCUUGGAACCGGCGGUGGAGGAUCCUUCCGUUGGAGUGGCGACUUUGGUGAACAAGCUUCCGCCUCCAGCUGUACCCCUGGAAAACCCUACUUUUCCCCUAAGGCAGACCGAGGUUCUUGGAAUCUCGGAGGAGGUCGGGGAACCGACGGCGGCUAAGCUUGUUGGGCCCCGCCCAACUGGAGGAUCCGACUCAGCCAUGACGAAUGCUUCGGAGUCGAACCCUGUCACUGAUCUCGAGAAGAAGCUGCGGCGAGCCGAGAGAUUUGGGAUGCAGGUCGUGCUUUCUGAAGUAGAGAAGAGAAAUUCUCGAGCAGAGAGGUUUGGAACUGGUUCAAACUUUAGUGGAAGUAAGAUUGUUGGACAACCAGAGGAGGAAAAAAGAAAGGCACGUGCAGAGAGGUUUGGGCUUAAGGUAGAUGAUGUAGCUGAUGAGGAAGCAAAGAAGAAGGCUCGAUUGGAACGGUUUGCACCAAACUCAAAGCUGGAUACAUCAGAGGAGGAGAAAAGGAAGGCUAGAGCAAUCAGGUUUUCACAAGGUUCAACGAAAUUUAGUGGCCAAAGCAACUCUUAUCUGAAGGCUACGGUUGUACCUCCCACUUGAUUAGGGUUUGUAGCAGAUCAGUGUUUCCAUGAGAAGGUAGCAAGUUUCUCCGCGGUUUCACUAUCACAGCCACAAGAGUGCAGCAUAUGAAGUAAGCAUCACUUGCUAUGUAAAACAUGGUAUUCGUGACACUUGUGGGGCUUUCUCAUGGCCGUAGGUGGUGUGAGAUAUGUUUUGUCAAAAUGUGCUUUUGAAUCCAACUGGAAUACUUGCUUCUGAAAUCUUCAUACCCCAAAUUUUGUGCUUGACCUGCGAA